UGUUUUGCACAUGUCUUGUAUUUUCCGUCUCUUCCCAAUACCCAAAAAUCCAGGCAAACACCGCACUGAUGGCGGAACCCCAAUCCUUAAACGGCGAAAACACAAUUCUGGCCAAAAACUCACCACAACAACAAGAAGAAGACAGCCAUACCCAAAAUAAUCCCUUUUUAUCUUUCGUCUCAAACAUACUUCAAUUAUUCAAGCCGCCUGCACCCAAGAAGAACGGAACUACUAAUAAUAAUGUUUCAGAAUCCGACCCGAGUAUAAUCGGCGCAUCUGUGAGUGAAACUGUGGUGGAAGAUGAAAGUAAACCCGUUGUUGUGAAGUUCCCGAGGCAGAGCUCGGCUCCAUUGAAGAUCGAAGCAGAAGCUGAAGGGGGUGAACAGAAUACUAACCCCGUUAUCUUAUGGCAGGUUUAUGCCAUUGGAGGAUUUUUCAUUUUGCGGUGGGCAUGGAAAAGAUGGAAUGAGCGGAAGGGAGAUAAGAAGUCCAGUGAUGAACCUCCUCCAUCUAAUGAUUAAUCUUUUUCGAUGACUUGUUGGAUAGGGAAGUCAUGAUGGCUUGUAAUCUUGUUGUGCACUACAAAUACGCUUGUUGAUCCUUUACUUUGCGUCAUGAAAAUACUAAAUUUCAGCCAGUGAAUUACUCUUCUUAAAGUUGAGUUAGUGUUUCAUUUUACUUUAAUUUUGAGGAUUGCUUUUAUUUUUAGUUCUUAAUUUGCAUUA